GUCGGCGGUCCACGGGCAGAGCCUGCCUGGGGCUGCGCUGGGCUAUUCCGGGCUGAGCAGGGGCUGCGCCGGGCUGUGCAGGGACUUGUGGCGCUGCGCUGGGCUGUGCCGGACUGUGCCGAGCCGAGCCGGGGCUUGCAGCGCGGGGCAGGCGCCUCCGGCAGCACCAUGGAGAGCGGCGCCGUGGGGCCCCUGGACGCUGCCUCUUUCCUCGGCGCCUGGAGGCGAUUCGACGCCGACGACAAUGGUUACAUAGAAGGGAAGGAACUCGACAACUUUUUUCGUCAUCUGCUGGAGCAAUUUGGCCCAGAAAGCACCAUCACAGAAGAGAAAGUUCAGAGGAUGAAGGAGCAGUUCAUGUCUGCCUACAAUGUCACCGCAGAUGGACGCUUGCAAAUUCAAGAGCUUGCAAGUAUGAUCUUGCCUGACGAUGAGAACUUUCUGCUGCUUUUCCGAAGGGAAACUCCCUUGGACAACAGUGUAGAAUUCAUGCGGAUCUGGCGCAGCUACGACGCUGACAGCAGUGGAUUUAUUUCAGCUGGAGAGCUCAAAGAUUUCCUGAGAGAUCUCUUCUUGCAGCAUAAGAAGAUGGUUCCUGAAGUAAAGCUGGAAGAAUAUACUGAUACCAUGAUGAAAAUCUUUGACAAAAAUAAGGAUGGGCGGCUGGACCUGAAUGACCUGGCAAGGAUUCUGGCACUUCAGGAGAAUUUCCUUCUUCAGUUUAAAAUGGAUGCUUGCAGCACAGAAGAAAGGAGGAGAGAUUUUGAGAAGAUCUUUGCACACUACGAUGUUAGUAAAACAGGAGCACUUGAAGGCCCAGAAGUGGAUGGGUUUGUCAAAGACAUGAUGGAACUAGUCAAGCCCAGCAUCAGUGGGGUGGACCUGGACAAGUUCCGCCAGAUCCUGCUCAACCACUGCGAUGUGAACAAGGAUGGGAAAAUUCAGAAAUCUGAGCUGGCUUUAUGCCUCGGGCUGAAAAUUAACCCAUAGCCAGCAGAGUGCUCGUGGUCAUGUUUGCCUUGUGAGAUUUGCUUGCUGCUCCUCCUAGAAGUGUGUCUGUGCUGCCAAACAAGCAGUGAGGAGCCAGGCCACCAUGCUGUUGGGCUUGAGAGUGGCUGCACACAGAUGCGGCAGAGUGGGAUUCACACAGAGGGCUUCCCUGCUCCACCAACCCCUUUGUGCUGUUCACUCGCUGCCACUACUUGUGAGAACCCUUAGCCACGUCUCUUUCCAUGAGUGCAUCAGAUGCUCAGAAAAGAGGCUAAUCCUCUUCUGCUACCCCUAUGAAACGCUGCCCCAACCAUCCCUUAAGACAGAGAUGAGCUUCUCUCUAAAACGGCCAUGCCACUGCUGUCAGAGAGCAGCUGCUAGGUGUUCCUGAUGGUGCCCUACUAUGUGCAAAGUCGUUACACUGGUGAGCAUCCUGCUUUGUGCAUGUGAAAUAUCAGAUGGAUAACGGUGUGUUUGUGCAGAAAUAAAAGCCAGCA